CCUGACCAUCACUGAUAGUUAAGUCGGCUGCUAUAUUCUCAGUGAUCGAAGUCUAAGAUGCAGCAAUCUCCUUUUCGAUGCAUUCUGUGCAUUGCCUUUUGCCACUCGUUUUGGUCCUCUGUGGUAUUAGGAUGGGCGCCUGCAGUGUCUUCGACGUUUUCCCGCAAUACAUUAUCUCGGGAAAGAUAUAACGCAAGAGAGCCCGUGGUGUCGGUGGCGAGAAAAAACCUUCGUGUUGCUUCAAAGAUAAUGUUAUCGGCUACGAUCGCUGGCGAUGAUAUUCUUCCACUCGGGGACAAGGGUUCCGCGGGGCAAGCGGAGAGAACACGAAACGACGUCCUCGAUGACGACACAACAACAGCAUCAUCACCCGCGGCAACUCCCAUUUCGUCCCUAUUAUCCUAUAGCUUUGAAGAACUCACGGAUCUCCUUGGCGGAAGCGGCAAGGCCAAGGCCUGCUGGGACUGCCUGCGAAUGGGAAUCGAUCCGAUCUGGUACUACGGGAACCAACGAGAUGACGACGAGAGCAAUACCGAGCGGACGGGAUCCGAUUUGCUAAAGGGAUGGACGCGUGGCAUGGUCGAGGAACGGUUGGCAGCAACUAGUACCAGGGGGACACCCACUAAGCUGGGAAAGUCGACCCUGGACCUCCUGGAACAAAUCGGUGGAAGCAAGGUGGAAGAAGACGUUUGCAAGCUCUCGCAGGUUUCCGUUUCACCGGACGGUACCACCAAGCUCUUGCUGCAGCUUGCCUCGGACGGCCUCGAGGUCGAAACGGUGAUCAUCCCGUGGGAGGACCGAGGAAAGUCGACCCUGUGCGUCUCGUCCCAGGUAGGCUGCCGGCAGGGCUGCACCUUUUGUUCGACGGGCCGGAUGGGCAAGCUCCGAAACCUUUCCACGGCCGAGAUCGCGGCACAAAUGUACUGGGCCAACAAGGUAUACCGGCUCUCUUCGCUUCCCGAAAACCAAGAGCAAUCGACGAGCAACAACAAUAGCAAGAAGCUGUACCCGAUCGACAAUUGUGUGUUUAUGGGUAUGGGGGAACCCGCCGACAAUGCACCGUCGGUCGUCAAGACAGCGUCCAUGAUGGCGGACAACAAUCUCUUCCAGCUGGCACCCCGAAAGAUAACCAUUUCGACCGUCGCUCCCAGUCCCGAGGUCUUUCGGGAACUGGCCGAAGCGCCGGCGGUCCUGGCCUGGAGCGUUCACUGCAGCCGGGACGAAAUUCGUCGCCAGCUGGUGCCUACCACCCGGCACAGCAUGGAGGAGCUCCGAGACGGUCUCAUGGAUGUCCUCCGAGGCCGGACCAAGAGGCUCCGGAACACCAUGCUCGAGGUGACCCUCCUGGACGGGAUCAACGACUCGGAGGAAGACGCCCGGCACCUCGCCGACUUUUGCCGGCCGUUCUUCGAGGGGCCCACCGCCAUCAGGGGGAUCAAGCUGACGGUCAAUCUCAUUCCCUGGAACGACAUUUCCGCCUCGUUCGGCCCCGCCUCUGGCUACCGGCCGCCCAAGCCGGAACGCAUCCGGGCCUACCAGAAGAUCCUGGGGGAGAACGGCAUCCUGUGCUACGUGCGGACCACCCGCGGCGACGAAGAAAACGCCGCCUGCGGGAUGCUGUCGACCAAGAAGCGGCAGAAGGAAGGCAAACAGCAGCACUAGACGGGAGGAUCGAACGAACGAACGAACGAUCGAACGAUCGACCGAUCCGCCCUCACGGGGAGGGAGGAGUGGACCCGAGCUAGGCAUUGCUUUGCUGUCCUAUUUCGUUGAACCAAACGGUUGCACCUGGUUGCCGGGAUGUUCUCAUGACACAGCGAAUCACCACGCAUCUGCCUGUCCCCAAAGAUUGGUUUCCCCGGAUCGUCGUUUCCGCCGGUUUCCUUGUACCACGCAAUUGUUAGGCAAUGCAAUGACGCAAAGCGGAGUGGUGUCGCGAGCAACUGCGAGAAUCGUCUCGCAUUGAUCUGCAACGGUGCGAGGUGCAAUCGCAAUGGAAGGAACUCCGUCUGCGAACAAAGAAAGUUGAUUGCUCCAUCACAAUCCUGCCGGGAGAUCUGGCCCGAAUCAAUACAUCAAAGCCACAAUG